GCAGCCAUUUGGAUGGGGAGAGCUUCCCCACCACCUUCAAGGAAAUCAAUCCCGACGCUUAACUCUCCUUAAAACCCCGUUAAGUAAUCUCGUUUUCGCCGGCAUUUCCGCUCUGCCCUCCUCAUACCGUCUGUCUCCUUCUUCUUGCUUGCUUGCUUCUUUGUCGAAGUUGAGCUUGAUCUCGCUUGUUGGUCAUUUACCUUCUCCUCUGCUUUUCGCUGUGCUCUGUUAGAAAGAAACGGAAAGAAAACGAGACGAACUGUCAAGUGAGUCAACUGGGCACUCCCAAAGUGCACGAGAAUGCGUUGAUUAUUCGUUUCUUGUGUUGCUUGAUCUGUCCUACUUCUCGAAUUGUGCCUAAGAGAAAGCAUGCCCCUUUAGAGAAAGCUUCCCUCUUACUCUUGCGGCACUUUCUUAAUUGGGUUAAGGGCUUCUGCAUUGGUUAGAGAGCUAAAGCUCUCAUGGAGACAAGUAAAGGCGUGUGGGGGAAGAAUGAGACAGACGAAGUGGUUGUAAUGAUCUCGGGCAGCGAGUAUCUAAGCAGAGGCUCUUCACCAAGACCCAAUAUUGAGCUCACAGAGCUUGAAAACCUUCAAUCUAGAGUGCAAAAUUCCAACUUGAUAAGCCCUUCCGCUCAAGGACUCACCCAAUCUAGCCCAUCUCCUACUAAGCCUCCAAAAAUCCCCACCAGGGCGUCCCUUUCGAGGUCUUCCUUUUCGAAGCCGAAAUCGAGAUUGGCAGAGCCAUCAUAUCCUGGUGAUGCUGGUUUAGUUGAAGAGAAAACCCAAGUGAAGAGUUCUCAGUCUCCCUACAGGAAUUCACCUAAAGUGGGCUCACCUUAUAAUGCUGCGAGUUCUGGUGCCAAUAAAGGCAAUGUGAAGUCUGUGCCGAUCACGCCUCGGACGCCGUUGAUUGGGUCCCCUGCUCCAGAGGAGGAGGAUGAGGAGGUGUACAAGACUGCGAACUUGAAGGUCCAACAAAUGUCUAGUAAGAAGUUUCAUAAGGUGAUUUUGAUUGAGUGGGUUGCGUUUGUGUGCAUUAUGGGACUUCUGAUCGCUAGUUUAACUGUUCACAAGCUGCAACACACUUAUAUUUGGGGAUUGAGAUUGUGGAGAUGGUGUCUGCUGGUGUUGGUGAUUUUUUGUGGUAGGCUAGUGACUGAAUGGUUGAUCAAUAUAGUGGUUUUCUUGAUUGAGAGGGAAUUUUUGCUCAAACAGAAGGUUCUGUACUUUGUGUAUGGAUUGAAAAACGGUGUACAGGCAUUUAUCUGGUUAGGUUUGGUUCUCUUAGCUUGGGCCUUGUUAAUAAAUCAUGGAGUCAAGCGAUCAAGACACACGAAAAAGAUUCUGGAUCACGUUACGAGGGCUCUUGCUUCUUGUCUUAUUGGCGCUGCCAUAUGGCUGAUCAAAACACUGUUGAUAAAGUUACUAUCUUCUUCAUUUCAAUGCACGAGGUUCUUUGAUCGCAUCCAAGAGUCGCUCUGUCACCAGUACAUUGUCAGGACCCUUUCAGGCCCGCCACUGAUGGAGAUGGCCGAAAAGGUUGGUAGCUCGACAAGUAGUGGCAGGCUCAGUUUCAGGAAAUACAAUAAAGAGGCUGCUAAGAAGCAAGAGGAGGUGAUUGAUGUUGAGAAGUUACAUAAGAUAAAGCAAGAUAAAGUUUCUGCUUGGACCAUGAAAGGGUUGAUGAGCGUCAUUAGUGUGUCAGGGCUGUCGACUCUUACCGAGAGCCUCGAACAAAGUGAUGAUGAGGAGGCCAAGCAACAAGAUAGGGAGAUCACUAAUGAAUGGGAGGCCAAAGCUGCUGCUUAUCAGAUAUUCAGGAAUGUGGCGAAGCGCAGGAGCAAGUUCAUCGAAGAGGAGGAUCUUUUGCGCUUCAUGAAGAAGGAAGAGGUUGACAACUUGAUCCCGUUGUUUCCAGAAGCAGUGGAAACUAGGAAGAUUAGGAGAUCAUCUUUGAAGAAUUGGCUGGUAAAUGUGUACCUUGAACGUAAAUCUCUUGCACUCUCCUUAAAGGACACGAAAACAGCCAUAGAGGAGCUGAAUAAGCUUGCUUCAGCGGUUGUGCUUAUUGUGAUCAUCAUUAUCUGGUUACUAUUGAUGGGAUUUAUGACGACAAAUGUAAUUGUCUUCAUAUCAUCUCAGCUUUUGCUUGUGGUGUUUGUGUUUGGUAACAUGGCCAAAACUGUCUUCGAAGCCAUCAUAUUCGUAUUUGUAAUGCAUCCAUUUGAUGUGGGUGACCGUUGUGUAAUUGAUGGAGUGCAGAUGGUAGUUGAAGAGAUGAAUAUUUUGACUACGAUCUUCUUGAGAUAUGACGGUGAAAAGAUAUUCUACCCAAAUUCAGUUUUGGGAACUAAACCUAUCAGCAAUUACUAUAGGAGCCCAGAAAUGAGCGACUCGGUGGAGUUCACUGUUGACUUCUCUACUUCAGUCGAGAAGAUUGGAGAUCUAAAAGCUAGAAUUAAAACGUACUUGGAAAGCAAGCCUAAACAUUGGCGUCCAGGUCACAGUGUUGUGGUUAAGGAGAUUGAGGAUGUUAACAAGUUGAAGUUGGGCCUCUACGUUACUCACACGAUCAAUUUCCAAAACUAUGGUGAUAAGAGCAGCCGCAGAUCCGAGCUUGUGCUGGAACUUAAGAAAGUCUUUGAAGAACUCGGUAUAAGGUAUCAUCUGCUCCCUCAGGAAGUUCAAGUCAGCUAUAUCGGAACGGCAGCUGCUAAUGGACGGUUUUGACUCAGUCCAGCAAGUUCCUAGUUAGCUGCAAUUUACUUGUAUCUCAGAAGAGCAGAAUUUACUCCAUGUUCACCGGGAAUGUUAACAAGCGAGCCAGCCAGCUCUCGUCCUGUUGGCCGAACGAGAAUGCGUGGGUCGUCCCUUCUGUUUUUCAUGAAGAAUCUGAUAUGAAAUCAAAGAGCAAUGGGGUGUUUUGAUUCUUAUAAUUUUGCUGCAUUCAAUUCUUUUAUUAUUAUUAUUAUUAGUAUUUUUCCUUUUUCAUUUCUUUUGUCUUGGGAUGAUGUUAGUAUUGCGUACUGUUUGUCAAUGUAAAGAUCAUUCCCUACAAUAACAAGUGUCAAGUGUCAUCUACUUUGCAUCAGAUAUCCAUUGAUUUUUCUCUCUCCUUA